AUGCCCAAACCCUGGUUUCAUCCUUUCUCUUAUUUUCCACCACCUUCUGCCUUCCUCUCUCAAGGCUCAAACCUCCCUCCCCCUAUCUCUCCCACCUCCACCCUGACCCUUACCAUCUCUCUCGGCACACACCGUGCCACUCUCUGUCUCUGUCUCUGUUUUUUGUCUCUGUCUCUGUCUCUGUCUCUGUCUCUGUCUCUGUCUCUGUCUCUGUCUCUGUCUCUGUCUGUCUCUCUGUCUCUAUCUCUGUCUCUCUCUCUGUCUCUGUCUCUGUCUCUCUGUCUCUCUGUGUCUCUCUGUGUCUCUUUCUCUCUCUCUGUCUGUCUGUCUCUCUGUCUCUCUCUCUCUCUCUGUCUGUCUGUCUGUCUGUCUCUCUGUCUUGUGGCAUUUGCUGCUCUCUCGACUGCGCCGACGGGCCGCCUUGUCGUUGUGGUCUAUUCUACCCCCCCACCUACGCCCGGUCACAACGACGGCUCGACUGUCCCCUUCUCUCUCUCUCUCUCUCUCUCUCUCUCUCUCUCUCUCUCUCUCUCUCUCUCUCUCUCUCUCUCUCUCUCUCUCUCUCUCUCUCUCUCUCUCUCUCGCGCGCGCGCGCGCUCUUCGCGUGUGUGUGUGUGUGUGUGUGUGUGUGUGUGUGUGUGUGUGUUCCUGGCCACCCUCCUCCUCACCGUUCUCGGCUUUGUCUUUCUCUCUGCCCCAAAUUCGCUCCUUCGACCCGUCAACCCGACAAUCCAAGCCCUCCGCUCCCAUGACGACGUUGUUCGCAGUGAGCACAAUGACCAUGAUGAUCAAGUUGCUGAAGACAUGUUCAAUGCUCCCGACCUGAUUACGCGACCUGUGCUCUACGACCGCAUUCCCGACGAUAUCGCCGCCCCGGUCUCUCCAGCGGGUCGGCUCUUGAUUGGAGUUUUGACCGACCCCUCCUCCCUCGACACCAUCGCCCAGGCCGUCCACGACACGUGGGCUAGUGAUAUCGAAAGCUCUCGCAUCAACGUCAUCUUUUUCGUGGGAAGCUGUGCCAUCAACAUUAGCACCAAUUUCAACGGCCGUCUGGUUUGCCUCAACACUCCCGAUACCUAUCCCCCGCAGCGCAAGGUGUUCCUCCUCUGGCGCUACAUGUAUACGCAUAUGGCCCACCGGUAUCAGUGGUUCAUGAAGCUGGAUCACGACGCCUACAUCAACGUGGACCGUAUGAGUGCAAUGGUCGCCCUCAUCAGCACCGACCUGGACCUGGCCAGUCACGCUACCUACAUGGGCGUACCGGCUGCCGGUCGCAAGGAAGAACGCCAACAGCUUGGUCUUGACGGCCACAAAUACUGCCUAGGCCUUGGCUACAUUGUCAACGCCCCCAUCUUGGAGACGCUCACCCGCUACGGCGAUGACUGCCUGGCCGACGUGCGCUCCAAUCACUCGGACACCGAGAUUGGCCGCUGCAUCUUUGGUCACAUGCCGGGAACCGAAUGUCAGGACCUCCCCUCCAGCUUCCAAUUCAAGCAGGUCUACUACCAGCAAGAUGACACCAAGGUUUAUCCCAUGAAGCUCUUCAAGAGCGGGCAAAUGCGCCUCGAGUUUUUCCAGCAGCCCAAGGCCGUGCAUUUCAGCUCGGUCGUCGUCCACCCCCUGAAGCGCGCGGAGGACUUUGUGCGCUUUCAUCACCAGCAGCGCACCUAUCUGCGCCCCGUACAGCCACCCAUCAACUCCCAUGACUCUGAUCCGGCCUCGUAUCGCUCUGCCAUCGGUGAACUUCGUGCCACCUGCGUGCACAACGCAGUCCUUCAAAAACAACUCUACCGCUAUCGCCUCGCCGAGUGCCCUGCCGUGGUGGCGGACGUGCCGGCCAGUGAGCUACUGCCCCCCUCACGGGCCUUUGUGCUCACGGCCGAUCCUUCCCAAUCCCGGUAUCAGGACCUGGUCAUGAGCCUCAAGGACCACGGCAUCACGGCCGAGCCCGUGCACCUCACCGGCAACGCCGCUGCCUACAACCGUGCCCUGGCCAACCUCUUUGCUCAAGCGCGCAUGCGGGGAGACCAGCACGUGCUUGUCCUCGAAGAUUCGGUCCUCCUGCGUUGUGACUUUCGCAAGCACCUCACGGCUCUGCUCCGGAGCCGCCGCUGCGGCCAGCAUCUGUUUACCGCGGAGCGUGGUGGUGUCCUGGUCCUGGGUGCCGACCCCGUCAGCAUGGACGAGCUUGCGCUCAUUGAGGCUGAUCAAAAAGACGCGUACGCUGUCAAGGACAGCACGGCAAACGAUGCCAUGUGCUACAACGUCUUGAGCGGAACCAAGGGAGCGUUUGGUGCCAUCUAUCACCGCGCCACCUUUGACGAAGUGGUUGCCAAUCUGCAGCGUUUCCACGAUCAGUCCUCCUCGGCCGCUCCUCUCGAGGGCAUGUAUCAGCAUCUCUCUGCGCAAGGGUUUGUCGUCCGCGCCGCCUUUCCCAACGCUCUGUUGCGGGAAGCCACGCUCGUCGAUCUGGACGAUCGUGAGAUCCGCGUUCGCAUGCGCUGGACCGAGGGAGACUUUUGUUUGCACAAAGGCGAGGUUUAUCAGCCGGACCUGUCACGCUGA